UAUAGUUAUUGAUAUGCAGUUUGCAACUGUUGUUAUUAGAUGACUGUUAUUUCUGUUUGAUUUGAUUUUUUUUGUAAUGCCAGCAUUUCUGAGUUUAAUGAAAAUUUUAUGCGAUUAAAAUGAUCACCAAAGGCAAGAUAGGGCCAAGGAGGAGCUAUUGCCUCCAAGUAAUUUUUAAACAGGAAAAGUUUAUACAUUGAACUUUAUCACAAUAUUGAGCUAUAUUUGAUUGAAACUUAUCCUGUUAUUGUAAUAGAAAAGAACAUGAAACAUAGCAAGGUCUGGCCAAAAAAUAGCUACAUAGCAAGGUGUUUGAUUAUCUAAUUCUUUACCUGCCAGUUUGACAAUGAAUGAUUUUUGCUGUUGUUUUUGUGGCUUAAUGGAGAGAGAAAAACCCUAAACAUCGAUAGCUUCUCUCAUGAAUUUGCAUCUCAUAUUUAUUACUUUUCUCUCAUUCCUGCUUAUGUUCUCUUGCUUUUCAUGAUGCAAAAGGUUUUGGGCAUCCUGCUUAUCUUAACUUUUAACUGCUGUAACUGAUAAAUACUGAUGUCUGGUCCAUGUGGUAUGUAAAGGCAGUUGGCUAUCACAAUGCUGGCUCUGUGGAGUUUAUAGUUGAUACUACAACUGUUUGAUUUUACUUUAUGGAGAUGAACACUCAACUUCAGGUGCUUUGAUCACUCAUUUUCUUUCUAUCUUGAUUUCUCAAGCUUCAUGAGACCCUAACGGAGCAUCCAUAUUCAUUCGUAGAUUGAGCAUCCUGUGACUGAGAUGAUUGUUGGUCUAGAUCUUGUGGAGUGGCAAAUUCGUGUUGCAAAUGGGUAGCAUCUUGCUAUAAGUCAGGUGCAGUGGUCAAGGUUCUGGUGGAGGAUGGAGCAAAGGUGGAAGAAAGGACAACCUGUAUUGGUGCUAGAAGCAAUGAAGAUGGAGGCAACGUCUGGUGGUUUUGUUCAAGGACUUAAAGUCAGCUCUGGUCUACAAGUUUCAGAUGGUAGUGUUCUUUUAAGACUCAAGUGCGCGUAUUGGUCUACAUCUAGGGUUGCUAUCCAAGGUCAGCAAGGGUUUUUGUUCAAGUGUGACUGGGCUACAGAACCCCGGAGACAACCCAGGUCACAUCGGCACUGCUUCUUCACCUCCACAGACAUACCUUCACUCAAAAAAAAAAAAAAUUAGGCGUAUUCAAAGUUUUGUGGCGUUCUCAAGUGUGAACUGUGAAUAAAGAGAGUAGUCAAGAAGCCAUUAUGUUGGCAAAGAAAAUCAUAGCGUGAGAGUGUUGUAUAGUUUUAUGGCCAUCAUCAUGCUACUAAUUCAAAUAUUCUUCUAUAAAUCACAGCUAGCUUGGCCAACACGGAGGAUUCCGAUUGUGACAUUUCAUUAAAGCCUGGGAAAUGUCGACGAAUUUCAAGGCCCCAAUUUGGUUUCUUUAAUAUUCUGUGGGCGGCAAACGCAAAUGUCACGCAUCAUCCAAUUUUUUCUUCGAAGGACGCCCCAAAGGACAACGACACGCCAUUUCUAUUUAUAUUUGGUCAAAUGAAUAGAAAAGUCAAAGGUGCUAAUCGCCUCACUUUUUUUUCUUUUAUAAAUAAUUUUCCUUCUUUUGAAACAAAAAAUAAUACCAGUACAAAUAUUCUUCUUUGAAUUGGUCGGAGGAGUUUUUAAAGGGUUGUUUCUUCUAAUUUCCAGUGGGAACUGAAAUCCAAGUGUGAGACUGUUUUUGAAAAAUAUAAAAUUCUUGAUGCUGGAAUAUGCUAAUGCUAUUCACAAAAUGUGCAAAACAAAAAAAAUGCCCCAAUGCAAUAUAUCAUGGAUGGCACAGAAGAAUCAACUUAAGGUCACUGCCAGUAAUUUUUUUUUUUUUUUGGGGUUGUCGUAAACAAUAGUCAUUUUCCUGUUCAUCGUUGUCAAUGGGAGAAUUUUUUGCCUUUUUUCUGAUUCCUAAAGGGCGUAAUUGUAAAUAGUCAAUAUCUUAUUGGCCUUUCUCUUCUAAAGAUGGGAGCUCUGUCCAAAUUUAGUGAGUAGUAAUUCGGAUUUACUACUGUGUCUGCACUAGCUUUACCCAAAACACCCCUUGCGCCCAUCCUUUGAUUGCUGCUUUUUCAAGUUUUGUGCUUUUAGAUUGCUACUAUUAUUUACUACUUCUAUAUUUGAUCAAAAACCCUUAUGGAAAUUCUUAAUUUUGGUUACCUUAAUUUGGAUAGAGGGAUAAAUUAAGUAAGACCUUGAUAGAUAUUUUCUGUAAAAUUUGGAAAGGGCAAUAAAAUGAAUUUCAGAUUCUCUAGAUAAAAACAAGAGUGAAUUUCCAUUUUGUGCAGAGUACUUAAAACUAAAUGAUAAAAUAUCUUAACGACUACAAUGACCAAAAAUGAAGAACAAGAAUUUGUAAUGGAAAACACAACUAAAUGGUGUAAAAAAUUAUGGCCCGAUGGAAAAGAAAGGGGGGCAAUAUGGUAAAAUCGUUAAGGAAAACCGGCAUUCCCAUCUGUGAUCCACCAGAAGAUCUUAAAAUACCGGUAAAUGCGUUGAUGUGGACAGGAAAACAACAGCAUAUCCUUCCUUGUUCUUGUCAAUUUCUUAUUGUGAAACAGUCGUGCCCUCUUAAAGCCAAUUCAGGCUACAACCCUAAACCAAAGCCCUACUUCCAAUUCUUUUUUUUUAAACCUUUCUUUUCAAAUUUUUAUUUAUAAAAUAAAAUCUUUCUUCUUUCCUCCUCCACAAAACCCCAAAAAAAAAAAAUCUCCCAAAUAAUCAACAUAUUUUCUUCUGUCCUUUGUACUUUAUAAAAAACUUUUUUUUCUCUUUUUCUGCUUCAAAACCAAUGUUUUGUUGAUCCAUUUUCUUUGGUUUGGUAAUUCCAUUGUUUUUAUUUCGUGGGUUUUUAUUU